AGCGGAUACAACUUUCAUAAUUUAGUGAGUUGCUGGUAUAUAUCAUGCAUUUGUUUAUCUGUACCAUCUCAAAUAUGGUCUAUCUAAUCGCUCUAAAUCUUUACACCGAUAGCUCUCUCAUGGACGAAUGAAGAUGAUACCGGUCACCAAUCUCUCAAAUCGCUAACAGAACUCGAUCUAUAUAUAUCAGCUUAUAGUGUGAAUAAUUGAUUUGGAAACAAAGAAAGAACAAACAAGAACCACAAAUUGGUUCUAUUAAAUCUAAACCGUCCCUAAAUAAAUUUUGCUAAGAAACAAAUAUCCAUAGCGACAGUCUCAGUGCAUUAAUCCCAGGCGGUCUAAAGAGUAAUGCACAAUAUUUAUUGGUUUAAAAGCCACACCCCUUGUUACGUAAAUCAAACAAAAUAAAUUUUAUAGGCCAGAAGCCUUAUGAACUAUGUUGCCGCAAAGCUCCGGGGCAAGGUCGGUUGCGGACCGAGCUGAAGGUCGGCUUGGAGACGAGCUGGAAAGAAUUACUCCGCUACCUACAAUCAAAAGUCCACUUACUGGAAUUUGUCCGGCUUGGGGGCCUGAAACAUAAGUGCACACAUUGUGGUGACCAUCAUAGAUAGUUAUUGUGCACGUUAUGGCGGAAAUGUUGGCCCAUGGCCUAGAUUCCACGGGAUCCCAUUAAGCCAUUUUUUUCUUUAUUAAAAAGGCCCGUUGAUUAGUUGAUUUCGUUGGUACUCUGCCGAGGUGGCUCCUCGAUGGGCGACCAAGGGGCCAAGCUUCCUCUGUAUUCUUUCAGCAAGUCCGCCAAGGAUUCUGGGCGUUCAUCAGAGGAGAGAGUGCCUCAUUCAUUGUUCCUUGAUAGGCUUCUCAAAGUGUGGGAGGAGUGCAGGCUUAUAGGACUUUUCCACCAUGAUAUCACUGCCUGUGAAACUAAGAUACUUCCAGGAGAACAUGGUUUUAUAGUGGUAUUGGUUGAAGGUCGUGACCUCAAGAAACGGCCAACUGAGUUUGGACUUGAUAAGGUCCUCCAACACUUUGAUGGAAGAAAGUUCAACUUUACAAAAAUUGGUCAAGAGGAGGUGGUUUUUAGAUUUGAAGAAAGUGAGACCAAUGAGGCCCAGUACCUCGAACAUGCUCCUGUAAUGGCAUCAGCAUGCCCAAAUGUGAUCGCCAUCAAUGUGAGCCCAAUAGCAUACGGCCAUGUGCUUUUGAUCCCUCGCAUGCUAGACUGCAUGCCACAGAGGAUUGAUCGAGAGAGCUUCUUACUUGCCAUGCACAUGGCAAGGGAAGCUCAAAAUCCCUAUUUCAGAGUGGGUUAUAACAGUCUCGGUGCAUUUGCCACCAUUAAUCACCUCCACUUCCAGGCUUACUACUUGACAGAACCAUUCCCAGUGGAAAAGGCUCCUACUCAGAGAAUUGCAACUUUAGGGAGUGGGGUGAAGAUUUCUCAACUGUUACAUUAUCCUGUAAGAGGUCUUGUUUUCGAAGGUGGAAGUAGCCUGGAGGAUCUAUCAGAUGUUAUCUCCAGUGCCUGCAUUUUCCUUCAAGAUAACAACUUCCCCUACAAUGCCCUCAUAUCUGAUUCUGGCAAGCAGAUUUUCCUUUUACCGCAGUGGUAUGCUGAGAAAAGGGCCCAAGGAAAAGUUAGCCAAGAGAUCCUUGAAAAGCAAGUGAAUCCAGCAGUAUGGGAGCUCGGUGGUCAUUUUGCAUUGAAGCGGCGACAGGAUUAUGAGGAAGCAUCAGAAGGGAGUAUAUGUAGUUUCUUGGAAAUGGUGUCUCUCUCUGAGGAACGGUUCGCAGCGAUGAAGGGAUAUAUCUUGGGAGCCCUUGCCGGUGGAGGUGUCAAGGAUAUCAUGGAAGGGGCACAAAGGGAUGGAAAAUUUGUAAGCAAUGAUCCUUCCUGCAAAAACUAGAUUGCUUUUGUUGCUAGCAGUGAUGGUGGGUUCUGCAUUGUGCUUCAGUAAGUGGGUGGACGUGUGCUUCAUCUCUGCUUAUUAUUCUUCAAUUGUGGUUUCUUUUGUGGUUCAGUUCAGAUGAUCUUCAGUCAGCAUCAAAUGUGUACUUGAUAAAAUUAUAACUUUGCUAAUGUUAUAGGUCAAUCGCUCUUUCUAUUCCUCAUAUAUACAUGAUAUUAACUCU